GCUUAGGGCUCACGAAGAGAUAUUCAUGGCAAGGGCGAGGAUCAAGACUAGGCGCCAUGUCCUUGACAUUGCGGUCGGGGCAUCAGUCAUUUUGGCUUAAGGUGGCCUCCUGGCCUUGUCCUCACCUCGCCCUGCCGCUACGCACGUUCAUGCCUGCCCGGUAACGGCAGGUCUUGUAGAGGAGAAGAGGCAUGGGCACCGGGUGCGAGGACGGCGUCAUUUUCUUGGAGGAGAAGCCCAGCGAUGAGUUUAACCCUACCGAGGAGGAGGUGCGCAACUACGCAGAGUGGCUCGGUAUCGAUCCGGAGGCCGACGAGGACCUGAUGUACCUUGCCAUCGAGGGCCUGAAAGCGCCCCUGACCGAUGAGUGGAAGGCGUGCCAGAAUGCAGAGGGCGAGAUCUUCUACUUCAACCUCAGGACCAGCGACAGCUCCUGGGACCACCCAGCCGACGCGACGUAUCGCCAGCACGUGGAGGACAAGAAGCGCGAGAAGCGCUCCGCGAGCGGCGGCAGGGUGGGCGAGACCCCGGUCCUGCGCGGCAGCCCGCCAGCCACGGCGCCGGCGCGAGGCCCCUUCUGGUGUUGCCGCCGCCGACGCCCGCAAGCGCUGCCGAAGUGAGGGUGCGUCCCCUCCUGAUCUGCCGGCUCACUGCGAUAUUCCUUCUGCUAGCCCCUUCUCCGCAUCAUCCAUCCUCCCUCCUUGUAGAUAACACUUCCCUGUCGCACCCCAAGAUGUGUCGCGGUAGAGCAGACUUGGCGUGUCGCUCGAGGCGUCCUCCACCGUUUACGAGAUUGCAAAUCGAAAUGUUCAACAGUCAUUACACUGAUGCUUAAAGGGUUUUUUUACUUGAGUCCUCGCUUUAUAUCGCAAGUGCCGGCGAUGGCUGAGGCAGUCUAGUAUUGCGCGGCGUUGCUAGGCUAGCCAGGUUCAAAAUGGUUGCCCUGUGUCGGUAUAUGCUUCUCCUCCCCCUCCUCC